CCUCAGGCGUAAACAACAUGAAUGAGUGCAAUGAAGAAUGAAACAACAAUGAAUAAUUCAAGACGGUGGCGACGUUUAAGUUGAUAAAAUAAAAACGGAAGGUUUUUCCAGUGUUUCAUCCACCACGACAUUCAAUGAAUGAGAUAUGGAAAUAAAUAUUUGCAAAAAGACUUUGAAAUGUGAAAUUGAAAUUUUAACGAGUGUUAAUUACCGUAUUGUUGAAAUAAUAAACAUUUGCCACCAGUUAAAGACGAAGAAGUCGACGACAGUUCAAUAUAUUAUUUACAACGUUUCUUGACAUGAGCGCGGAUAAAAAUCCAACAUCAAUUCACAAACUCAACGAGAGUCAAACAGCUAAAGAUAAAAUACAAGCGACUGAAUUGAAUGCAAGCUCAUCCAUAACAAUAAAGACGUCAAUUCAAUCGGAAACAGAAGACAACAUAAAGGGUUUUGAUUACGCAAUUUCCCAUCUCACAUGA